AUGAAGAUGGAGAGACACUCAACCACCCUCUUCAUCAACACACUCGUUUUCUUCUUCUUCUUGUUACAGUUUCAUAGCUUUCUUUCACUCUCAGAUUCUUCAAUAUUCCCUUAUGAAGCACUUCCCACAAAAUCAGGUUACCUACCAAUAACUCCCACUUCCACUUCCUCCAUUUUCUACACUUUCUAUGAAGCACAAAACUCCACUUCACCUCUCUCCCAAACCCCUCUUCUCAUAUGGCUUCAAGGUGGCCCUGGUUGCUCCUCCAUGACAGGCAACUUCUAUGAACUUGGUCCCUAUCUUGUCACCAACUCACUCACCCUUCAACCCAACCCUUCUUCUUGGAACAGAAUCUUUGGCCUUCUUUUUCUUGAUAAUCCCAUUGGAACUGGCUUCAGUGUAGCCUCAACUCCACAAGAGAUUCCAACCGAUCAAAACGCGGUUGCAGAACAUCUUUUUGCUGCUAUUACAAGGUUUGUUCAACUUGAUCAUGUUUUCAAACAUCGUCCUAUUUAUAUCACUGGUGAAAGCUAUGCUGGAAAGUACAUUCCUGCAAUUGGAUGCUACAUAUUAGAGAAAAACGCUGUUUCGAAAGACUCUGAGAGAGUGAAUUUAGCUGGUGUUGCUAUUGGUAAUGGAUUAACAGAUCCUGUGACCCAAAUGGUUACUCAUGCUGAUAAUGCUUAUUACAUUGGAUUAAUCAAUGAGAGACAAAAAAAUGAGCUGGAAAAAUUACAACUUGAAGCUGUUGAGUUGGUAGAGAGAAAGAACUGGAGUGAAGCGACUCGUGCUAGAAACCGUGUAUUGGACGUGUUGCAAAACAUGACAGGGUUGGCUACUUUGUAUGAUUAUUCGCGAAAAGCUCCGUAUGAAGAUGAAUUAGUUGCUAAGUUCUUGAACAUUGGUGCGGUGAGGAAGGCCUUAGGAGUGAAAGUUGAUGAUUCGUCUGUUUAUGAGAAAUGCAGUAAAAUUGUUUGGGCGGCAUUGUAUGCUGAUUUGAUGAAAAGUGUGAAGCAUAUGGUAGAGAAGUUAUUGAAGGAGGAGAUGAGGGUUUUGUUGUAUCAAGGUCAGCGCGAUUUGCGAGUUGGUGUGGUUCAAGUAGAGGCUUGGGUGAAGAGUAUGAAGUGGGAAGGGAUAGAGGAGUUUGUGAAUGGUGAGAGGGAGAUUUGGAAGGUGAAUGGAGAGGUAGCUGGUUAUGUGCAGAAAUGGAAGUCUUUUACUAAUGUUGUGGUUUUGGGGGGUGGACAUCUUUUGCCUAGUGAUCAACCUUUGAAUUCUCAAGUGAUGAUAGAAGAUUGGGUUUUGGAAAAGGGUUUGUUUGGAAGUGUGUUGGAACUAAAUGUAUCCACAAAUUAUGUACAUGAUGGAUGA